AUGAUGUUGUGCUUAUACAUUGUUCUCUCGUUUGUUGGACUAUGUUACAAAGCGGGGCGAGCAGAGGAAUCAACGGAUCCGUCAACUGUCUCUAAAACACCAGAAUCAGCAAAGAUAGAGUUACCAGAAGUCAAAAGACCUGAAAAGACGGAUCAAGUCUUUCAAGCGUUCCCGUACACCAUUAGCGAGCAGUUCGUAACACAAACCAUGUCAUACAAAGAAGGAUACCGCCAAGAUGUUCCUCCUUACAUAGCCAUAUAUGACGCACCUUCAUUUGAUAUCUUUUUCUACAUUUUCCCUCCAAAGCAAUGUGAUGCUGUGUGGCUUUGCUUCCCUAAAGUAGUGAAUAUCAGUGCUCAACAUGUUGAGCAAUUCUAUGCUUUUAAUGUGCACUCGGCCUGUAAAGAGUCCUUGCGUUUUCAUCCACUUGAACAAAUGGUUUACAUCACAGGAUUCAAUAGGAAAACCGCCGGCCAAUCAACUCCAAAAUCUGGUAAGUAUGCAUGUCCUGGCUAUCAUUUAUUGGGUUUUAUACUUUUUAUACUAUCAGCUAGCUGA